GCUGACGCCACUGUGGUAUCGCUUUCGUGUGACGUUGACCUAGCAAAGCCAACACAUUUAUUUCCUUUCUGUAUCGUAGGAUAAGCGGCAAAUAUUUUAGCAGGCUUCGAUUGUGAGUGUAAGGGAAAGAUACUGUCUUGAAAAGCAAGUACAUAGACAAAAGAACAUGGGUCUUACAAUCUCCAACCUGUUCCAGCGCAUGCUAGGCAAAAAACAAAUGAGGAUUUUGAUGGUUGGAUUGGAUGCAGCAGGAAAGACAACCAUACUGUAUAAGCUGAAGCUUGGAGAGAUUGUGACUACAAUUCCAACGAUUGGCUUCAAUGUGGAGACGGUGGAUUACAAGAACAUAUCAUUCACGGUGUGGGACGUCGGCGGUCAAGACAAGAUCCGGCCGCUUUGGAAGCACUACUUCCAGAACACACAGGGCCUUAUCUUUGUGGUGGACAGCAACGACAAGGAGCGGGUGGCUGAGGCGCAAGAUGAGCUGCAGAAAAUGCUCCAGGAGGAGGAGCUGCGGGAGGCCGCGCUGCUGGUGUUCGCCAACAAACAAGACCUGCCCAAUGCCAUGUCGGCCGCCGAACUCACCGACAAACUCGGCCUCAACUCUCUACGGGGACGCAAGUGGUACAUACAGGCGGCGUGCGCGGCCCAGGGCCAGGGCCUCUACGAGGGUCUCGACUGGUUGUCGGCCGAGCUGUCCAAGUAGCGCUGCUGCGUGAUAUGGGAACUGGCCGGCGGUGGCGCCACCGUCGCCCGGCCGCUGGUGGCAUUGGUCGGGUGGGGGUUGCUGCGGCCGCGAGGGGCGUCCUCCUGUGCGCGCUCGCCCCGCGCCGUCUGCACCCGUGAUGCUCACGGACGUGUGCACCCGUGCCCUCUCUGUGGGAGGGGCGGCUUCCGGCCGAACAGGGCCCCGUUUGAAGCCCGAUGGGCCGCACCGUGCUCACGGCUCGGGCCGAGGGGCAUCAAUUAGGUGUUGUUUGAGGAGUGUCCGAUUUGUGCUACAUUCCUCUGGAUGCAAUCACGAACUGGUGCGGAAUUAUUGCAGUUGUUGUGUUCUCUGCUCUGUUUGUUUGGUGGGCACUGUCAUCGGAUUCAAAUAUACAUAUAUUCUUUUGAUGUGAUACUG